AUGCGCAAUUCACUGUUGCAGUCAAUUUUUUUACAUUAUUAACAUUGCCAUCAACUUUAAUACUUGAUCAGGCAAAGUUUUUAAUGAUACUGUUCUGAACCGUGCACUGCCAUAAAGGGUCACUUGAAAUUACGCUUACAUUCCCUUUAACUUGACGCAUAUUUUAUAAUUAUGUUAAUUAUUAAUUCUCAAAACGAUUUCUUUUGAUAAGAAUAUCUUCAUUUUGUACUUUAAACUUAACGUCAUGUUUAGAAUGUUUAAUGAGAAAUGUUUCAGAAAAAGAUUGAAUAGUAAAAUGUCCAGAUUGAUACAUCUUCAAUUUGAAGUGUUUGGAAAGGUUCAAGGAGUUUUCUUUCGGAAAUAUACCGAGAAGAAAGCUAAAUCUCUUAAACUGAAAGGAUGGAUUAAAAACACGAGAGAAUUGACAGUUACCGGUGAGCUUGAGGGGGAGGAGGAGUGUAUUGAACAAAUGAAGGAUUGGUUGAAAAAUCAAGGCUCGCCAAACUCCAGGAUAGACAAAGCUGUGUUCUGUAAUGAACAAAACAUUGAUAAGUACUCGUUCCAAGAAUUCAAAAUCUUAAAAUAGCUUAGCUUUUGUCCGUUGAAAAAAAAAUGCAUAAAAGGACAAGAUUUAAUUUCAAGCAACCCUUUCCGUCUCUUCAUAACAGUUUUCUAUGGACAAGAGAAGGAAAUGUUGCAUCCAUAAAAGUAAAUUAUUAUCGUACGAUAAGCACUUCGUAGUGGUUUGUCUAAAUAAAUGACUUGCAGAUUCUACUUCUCAGUGGUUUACAUUGUUCGAAUUUUCUUGCUGUUACAAGGACGAAAAUCAGAUAAAGGUUUAAAGGGUACAGUUGUGAAUCAUGGCAUGGUUAUCACUUAAAUUACAACAACAGACCCUUAAUGACCGGGUUCAAUUCCAUAAUGAGAAAUUUGACGGUUACACAAAGCCUCUUCUUAUUUCAACCUAACCAUUGUUAUUUUAAAAUUUCAAGCCACGAGAUUUUCUCUGAUGGAACAGUUUGGUCGACGUUAGCAGAGUUUAAAAAGGAAAAAAAGGAAAAAAAAUAAUGUAGUACUAAAGUUCCGGAUCUGCAAAAGUUAUUAUAUUUUGAAGUUAUUAAUCAUAAUUUUUUUAUUCAUUCGUAUUUCAGA